CUCUUCUUUCUUUUUUUUUAUACUCCCCAUGUUAGGUUCCAAUCAUCAUACUAGUUCUGAAUGGUUAUCAAAAGAUGAUACUUCAUCUCUAUCUUGUCAAGAUAUUCUUGUCUCUUCUUCAUCUCCACCUAAAAAGAAAUCUAUGGAACGAUUAUCACGCAUCUUUCAGAAAAAGUCAAAGCACAAAAAAUCACUUCCUACUGUCAAUACACCUGAACCACCCACUUUUCCUAUGAUGAGUCGACAUACUUCUAUUCAUUCAACUCAAUCUGCAGAUCCACAAGCUUCCUUUAGAUUUAACUCUACUAGUAAAAAAGGUGGAGAAAAAAUGAAACGUUUUAGUUCUCUACGACAUACUGAUCAACCAAAGACGCAACAGGAAGAACUAGUACAACGACGAAAAAUACUGGAACAACUGCAUGAGGAAAAGGAAACAUAUCAUGACGAUAACCAACGACUUGAACAAGAAUUGACUAGACUACAACAACGAAUUGAAGAACGAACAUUGGCUACGACACAGUUACGAGCACAAUAUGAUCUUCAUGUCUCCUCACUACGAGCCACAUCAGAUGAUCUUGGGUCAGUGCGGACUAAACUGAUUCAGGUACAGCAAAGUAUUGCGGCAUUGGCAGAUCGAUUACUACCACAUAUAUCGCCAGAUCAUACUUCUUCUUCCUUGGCUAGCUUUUGGCUCAAUUUGCGACAAGUCAUUGAAUCCAUGUGUCCUUUAUCUCCUACUAUGGUACGCCAUUUGACUGAAAAGUUCAUUAUGGAUGUUUUGGUGCAAAACUUCAAUCUCAGUGAAAUUGCUGGUUGUGCUUGUUCGGAUGAUUAUGCUCAAAUUGCCCUUUGGUUUCUGGAUCAUGAUGAUAUGAACAGCAAACCGUCCUCCAUUUCUAUCUCAUCAUCAACAUUAUCAACCGAUGUAUCAGAUUGCAUGGUAUUCUCUAUUCGAUUACGUCAACAGGUAGCAUCCACAGUGGUUGCUGCUCAAUUAAAACGAGAUGAUGUCAAACAACAAUUACAACAGGUCGUACAAGCUCAUUGGAAAUAUCUUUAUGGUGGAUUAGCCAAAGCAUUCCCUUAUAUUUAUCAACAUGACACGACUUUGGAACCCGAUGUACAAAAACAUUUUGGAGCACAGAUUCAAACUUUAGUGGAACAAGCCGUGGCACUUGGAUUCGCCAUAAAAGGAUUGGAAGUAGAUAUUACAGCUGCUGAUGUACAAGAAGGAUCUCAAGUCUUGGAUUUAACUCUCAUGGAUGAAGUACAAGGUCUUAAUUCUGGGAUAAUUCAAUUUUGUAUCAGUCCUCCUUUCAAAGUCUUUAAUCGAACUGAACCAUUGGUGAAAGGCAAGGUAUUAUGUUUAAAAUAGGAUGAUAGUGUAGUUGUAG